AUGUUCCCAAGAGUGGCAAUUACGAAAACCCCAAUGCUGCGCGCCGCAACUCGCCAGCCGACGAUGAGCGGCGGUCGCAUUCCCUUCCCUCUUCGAAACGCUCGGAACCAGUCCACGGGGAAGGGUGCCUUCAACGGUCCCGGUGGCCAGGAGUCGAUCCCGCAGUCACCGAUGGGAGGCAGCGACAUCGCAAAGCGGAACUGGCGUGCGAUUGGCGGUGGUCUCGCGGUGCUGGCAGGUCUCGCCUACUUCAUGGGAGGGCGCCCCAAGAAGGACCUCGACAAGCAAAUGGAACCAGUCGCGAGGGAGGGAGAGCGCGGGCUAAAGAGGCUGGAGGAGCAUGCAAAGAACGCUGCCGGUGAGCUGAGCGGCAAGAAACCCGGCGGGAUGGGCGGUUUCCGCUCGGAGUGA